AAAGGGUUAUAAAGGCAUCGUGAUAAAGAAGAAGAGUAGUGAAACAAUGAAAACAUAUCUUUGAAAGAUCCAUCCAUUCCAUGCAAUUCCUUCGAUUAUUCUUUGAGAUCUUCGCAUCUGUGUUAAUAUAAAUCUCUGGAUUUGAUGAUCCAAUUUUGUUGGGUGCAUAUUCUGCCCUAUUUUCGAAACUUGGAUUUUGGGCGGGUUUAAACACACAAAUUUAUUCGUCGCUGCACUGAAAAAUGUAUGAAUAGAAAGCAGACUGGGAAAAAAAAGCCGGGGAAAUAACACUGGCGGGUUUCCAAGUCAGGUGAUGGCGGAUCCGCCCAUCAAAGACAAUAAUGCUAUUGUUCUUUCAGACGAUUUAAUUGCGGGCUUUAUUACCAUUAGUUUAGGGUUUGGAGACUUUGUUGUGAAGAUUGGGGAUUUGAGGGGGCGGGAAGCAUGCUGAGCGUGCUCCGGCUGCACCUUCCUUCUGAGAUUCCGAUUGUGGGCUGCGAGCUGUUACCCUAUGUUGUUUCUCGUCGUGCUGAUAGCAAUAUCACCACCGACGAUAUUCCCGAAUCCAGCCCCAUUGACGGCUACUACUUGAGAUUUCGAUGGUACCGUAUCCAAAGUGACAGAAAGGUUGCAGUUUGCAGUGUCCAUCCAUCUGAACUUGCUACUCUACAGUGUUUGGGUUGUGUAAAGGCCAAGAUACCUGCUACAAAGAGUUAUCACUGCUCACCAAAGUGCUUCUCAGACUCAUGGCGUCACCAUCGUCAAUUACAUGCACGUGCAGCCAGUGCAGUGCAUGAAAAUGGAGCGGAGGAUGAUGAACUAUUUGGGCGUUUUGGCAGUACUGGUUCUGCCAUUCUUGGUACAGGGGGGUUAGUUGGGUCAACCUCAAACGCAGGAGUUCAAAAUGCAAGUCUAAGCAAUGGUAAUGCACUGUUAAACCCUGCUACUGUUUCAGAAAAGGGUGAGACAUGGUAUGAAGUGGGGCGUUCAAAGACAUAUACACCUACAGCUGAUGAUGUGGGCCAUGUUUUGAAACUGGAAUGUGUGGUGGUUGAAGCAAGCACAGGAACACCAGUAGGUCCUAACAAUACUCUCCUUACUUCAAGGGUCAUUCCAGCUCCUUCACCUACUCCACGACGCAUGGUCCCAGUAACUCAAGUUGAUGGAGUUUUAAAUCAGGAACUUGAAGGACGCACUGCAGCUUCUGGAACUUUUACGGUUCUGUCAUAUAAUGUACUGUCAGAUUUAUAUGCAACUAAUGACAUGUAUAGCUAUUGCCCUCCCUGGGCUCUUUCGUGGCCAUAUCGUCGUCAGAAUUUGUUGCGUGAAAUUGUUGGCUAUCGUCCGGAUAUUCUUUGUCUUCAAGAGGUUCAGAGUGAUCACUUCGAAGAGUUCUUUGCACCCGAGUUAGAGAAGCAUGGCUACACUGCUGUUUAUAAGAAAAAAACAACAGAGGUUUAUACUGGCACAGUAUAUGCAAUUGAUGGUUGUGCAACAUUUUUCCGUCGUGAUCGCUUUUCACUUGUUAAGAAAUAUGAGGUUGAAUUCAAUAAGGCUGCACAGUCUUUGACAGAAGCAGUAGUGCCACCAGCUCAGAAAAAGGCUGCCCUUAGUCGCUUGCUUAAGGACAAUGUUGCACUUAUUGUUGUUCUGGAAGCAAAGGAUGCGAAUCAUGGAGUUGAUGCACCUUCACCAGGCAAACGGCAACUUCUUUGUGUGGCAAACACACAUAUAAAUGCAAAUCCAGAGCUCAAAGAUGUCAAACUGUGGCAGGUGCAUACACUUCUGAAAGGUUUGGAAAAAAUAGCUGCCAGUGCAGACAUACCUAUGUUGGUUUGUGGUGAUUUCAACUCAGUUCCUGGAAGUGCUCCUCACUCUCUUCUUGCCACGGGAAGGGUUGACAGUACACAUCCAGAGCUAGCAACAGAUCCUCUUGGUAUCUUACGUCCUGCAAGCAAGCUUUGCCAUCAGCUUCCUUUGGUAAGUGCUUAUUCAUCAUUUGUAAGGAUGGUGGCAGUAGGCCAAGAGCAUCAACGGCGACGAGUGGAUCCUUUAACAAACGAACCUUUGUUUACAAAUUGUACUAGAGAUUUCCUGGGAACUCUGGAUUAUAUUUUCUAUACAGCGGACUCACUCACAGUGGAGUCUCUGCUAGAGCUUUUGGAUGAGGACAGCUUACGUAAAGAUACAGGUCUUCCUUCUCCUGAAUGGUCAUCUGAUCACAUUGCACUUUUGGCAGAAUUCCGAUGCAAGCACAGGCCUCGACGCUAGCAUAAGUAUGUUGGCAGAGUAUACAUUUUCUUUGCCCUAGCAAAACAUAAUAUGUGCCAAUAUGGUAUUGAUUGGGACAUUUAGUGAGUUAUCAUUUGCCCAAGCAAUGGUCUAAAUGAUAACAAGUCCACUUUUUCUUGUUUGUAUUCUGCAAAUUACCUUUAUCUCUACAUUGGCCCUUACCUUGGCUGAGAUGGUAGUACGAUGUAUCAUGAAGAAUUCCUGGCAACAUUUUGCUUGCAUGUUUUAAAAGUAGAAUGUCCUUAAACCCUUUGAAUUGCAAGAAUACCACACAUGUGUACAUUUUAUAAUAGAGGACGGGGUUCAAGAAAGAUUGCAGUGAUAAUGUAGUGACAAAUAAGGUCUGACCAACAUUUAUCUGCAUGUAUGACAGCAGCAUUUAUCAACGGAAGAGUAAUGGGAGUUCCCUUUAGGUUUUCUGA